UAGUUAGUUCAUUUAGUUCAUUAGUUCAUUAGUUCAUUUUGGUGUUCAUCGAAUGUUAUUACAUGGGGAUAUUUUAUCUCAUAAGUAAUAAUUAAAAUGGAGUAAAGAAAUAUUUUCUUUUUCGAAGAAUGGAAGCGUAAGUGCAUAUUGUACGAUUUUCUUUAUCAAUAUUACUACAGUCACACAUUAAGUUACUGUCAAAACGAUUAAUUUCUCAGGUCUAUUGUUGAUAUCGGGGAGAAUAGGAACUGCCUCCUGCAAAGUACCGUGAAUGUAUCCACAGUUUAAAGGGGCAUAUGUACCUAACAGAGUUAAAAAUCGAGUUUUCGUUUGGUACAUCUUAAAGCUUCAUAUGUGGAGAAUAUUUUCUUUAAAUUUUAAGUCGAUAUUGCAAUGACGAUUGCAUGUGACGAAGUUAUAGGUCUGAGUGUACGUUUAAAUCUUGCACAAGCGGGCGCUACUUAGGCAGCGUGGUCUGAUUGCCUGUCCUAUGUAUUAUUCUUCUCGAAUUUAUAAUAUUUCUCGGUAUAUCUGCACGAAGCCUAUUUGAGUCACAUAUUUUGAACGUAACGGUUAUCUAGAUAUAAAUAUAGCUUAAUUCGUCAGUAGCUUGCCAUCCGUACAGUUGGCAGUUAAGACUGGGAUCAAAGUCUUCAUUUCACAGUAUUCUAAGUAAAGAUGGAAGAAAUAAAGAAUGGAGACAAGAUCAUAUUUCUGGAAGAUUUAGGAAAGAUGUAAAAUGAAAAAGCAUCCCACUUAAAAUCAGUACAAAGCCGACAGAAAUGAAGCAAGUACUGGGGCCAAUGUGAAAAAAUUAAAAAGUGCGGACGAUAUUCCAGGUUUGGAAACACCUAACACGGGAUAUCGAAUUUUGAAUUUUUUGAGUGUUUUCUGCUAUAUUGAAAUGUGACGCGUUAUUGGAGCACUGCGUUGGUAGCUAUAUGUGGCGACAGCUUGAAUAAUCUAAUUUGGCAAGUAGCUCCAAAAAUAAUGCACAGCGGAGUCAUUAUUGUUGAAAUUGUGGCACACACAGCUACUUGCAUGUUUAAUAAUAAUGUAACUUCAUUAUUACAAAUAAUGCAUGAAAUGCGUGUAUCUGUUAGGCUGAACGUACAAUAUACUAUACAGGAAGAUGGCCGCCGCACAAACAAAGGUGCGCGACUUGGGAUUACUAAAAAAGCGAGAGCACGUCGUCGCCAGCGAAUGAAAAUGUGAAAGACUCACUAUAUCAUCCGUCAGGAAAGACCUACAUUACGGCCCUGGUAUCGAUGAUUCGAUGCUCCUAGGUAUAUAUGCCUCUUUAAAGAAAAAAGUCCCAGGCUUAUAAGGCAAAUAAUAUUUACGAUAUAUUGAGUAAAAUAUACUUACAAGGAGAUGGCAAGACAUGUAAAAUCGAUAAUUGAAUGAGUCAUAUUUCAUUCGAAUGGAGGGGUUGAGUACAUAAAAUCCUAAAAGAGUUUGCGUGCAUGGGCCUUCGUUGCGAGAAAUUUGCAAUUAAAGAAACAGCUACAUGUUAAGUCUAGUAACUUGGAAUCAAUAAGCGUGAAGUGCGGUAACUGCGGAAGCUAAGGCGCGCGCUAUUAUUUUGUGGUCUACAUCCGAGUAUAGGAUGUAAGGAUUAAGAAGAAAGACAAAGUGUUAAAGCGGCUAUCAUUUCAACGAAUAAUGAUCAUUACUAUAUUAUUAACAUGUCUCUUUCUCGUGAUCAUAUAUCUUUGUGUCGCCCACUUUGGAAGAAAUGGACGGCUUAUUGAACAAAUACCAGGAUCUUUACGUUUUCCUACUCCAUAUGUUAUACGAAUUAGUUCAUAUUCGCCAGAAAAACUAUGGCUCUUUGUACUCGAUUACACAAAGAGAUUUUAUCCAAUUAGUAAAUUUUGGAUUCUCACGUUUCCUAACGUUUUUAUUCAUCACCCGGACGACGUGCAGAAAAUAUUAAGCAGUAUGGAGCACACUGUAAAAGGUUACGAGUACAAAUUUUUUCAUCCCUGGUUAGGUGAUGGUCUCCUUACUAGUCAAGGAGCCAAGUGGCAUCAAAGACGAAAGAUACUAACGCCUGCCUUUCACUUUUCUAUAUUGAAAGAAUUUGUCAAAACUUUUAUUGAAGAGGGUAAUCGCGCAGUGAAGUCUUUUAAUCCUGCCGAAGAGUCAAUUAUCGAAGACGUGAUGUUAUUUACCAGUCAUCAUACAUUAAAUGCAAUAUGUGAAACCUCCAUGGGUAUUUCUUUGAGCGACUUCGAUCAGUCUCAACAAUAUCGGCAGACUAUUCACCAUAUCGGUAAACUUAUAAUCGAAAGAUUGGUCAAACCAUGGCUUUUCAAUGAUACGAUAUUUAAUUUAACAUCACUGAGUACUAUACAAUCAAAGUAUUUGAAUAUCUUGCAUUCAUUUACUGAGAAAAUUAUCGCAAAUAGAAAACGUUAUCAUGAAGAAACCAGAGAACGAUAUUUGAAGUACUUUGAAAACAACACAGAAAUAGAAGACAAAGAAAUAACAGGGAAUAAAAAGAAACGAAUGGCCAUAUUGGACAUUUUGCUAGCAGAAUCUCGCAAUGGUAAUUUGACUGAUUCAGAUAUUAGAGAAGAAAUUGACACUUUCGUGUUCGAGGGUCAUGACACUGUGGCGACAAGUUUAUGUUUUAGUCUACUAUUAUUAGCUGAACAUAAGGAUAUUCAGGAUCGUGUAAGAAAUGAAAUUAAUGAGGUGAUGCAGGAAAAUAAUGGGAAGCUUACGAUGAGUGCGUUACAGAAUCUACCUUAUUUAGAGAGAUGCUUGAAAGAAUCAUUAAGACUGUAUCCUAGCGUUGCUAUAAUAUCGCGCAUUUGCACCACUGAUCUAAAAUUACAAUCAUAUAUAAUACCAAAAGAUACAACGAUGCAUCUUUUUAUCUAUACCCUUCAUCACGAUCCUAACUUUUGGCCGGAUCCAGAAGUAUUUGAUCCAGACAGAUUUUUACCAGAGAAUAUACAGAAACGUCAUCCUUAUUCCUAUGUACCGUUCAGCGCAGGAUUACGAAAUUGCAUAGGUCAACGAUUUGCCAUGUUGGAGUUGAAGGCUAUGAUAGCCAGCCUGGUGUACAAUUUUUACUUGGAACCCGUUGAUUAUUUGAAGGAUGUUUCAUUCAAGUUGGAUAUUGUAUUACGCACCUCACGUCCGAUCCGCAUGAAAGUUAUUCCAAUUAAACGGGAGUAGUUGUCUAACACGAGUACUAAUUCCGAGGAAAGAGUAUUUCGUGAACGGAACAUUAUAUUACUAUUACAAUGUUACUUAGAUUUUGUGAUGGUUUAGUUAGUUCAUUUAGUUCAUUAGUUCAUUUUGAUGUUCAUCGAAUGUUAUUACAUGGAGAUAUUUUAUCUCAUAAGUAAUAAUUAAAAUGGAGUAAAGAAAUAUUUUCUUUUUCGAAGAAUGGAAGCGUAAGUGCAUAUUGUACGAUUUUCUUCAAUAUUACUAUAGUCACACAUUAAGUUACUGUCAAAACGAUUAAUUUCUCAGGUCUAUUGUUGAUAUUGUGGAGAAAAGGAACUGUUUCCUGCAAAGUACCGUGAACGUAUCCAUAGUUUAAAGGGGCGUAUGUACCUAACAGAGUUAAAAAUCGAGUUUACGUUUUGUACACCUCAAAGCUUCAUAUGUGGAGAAUAAUUUCUUUCAGUUUUAAGUCGAUAUUGCAACAUAUGACGAAGUUACAGGUCUGAGAGUACGUUUAAAUCUUGCACAAGCGGGCGCUACUUAGGCAGCGUGGUCUGAUUGCCUGUCCUAUGUAUUAUUCUUCUCGAAUUUAUAAUAUUUCUCGGUAUAUCUGCACGAAGCCUAUUUGAGUCACAUAUUUUGAACGUAACGGUUAUCUAGAUAUAAAUAUAGCUUAAUUCGUCAGUAGCUUGCCAUCCGUACAGUUGGCAGUUAAGACUGGGAUCAAAGUCUUCAUUUCACAGUAUUCUAAGUAAAGAUGGAAGAAAUAAAGAAUGGAGACAAGAUCAUAUUUCUGGAAGAUUUAGGAAAGAUGUAAAAUGAAAAAGCAUCCUACUUAAAAUCAGUACAAAGCCGACAGAAAUGAAGCAAGUACUAGGGCCAAUGUGAAAAAAUUAAAAAGUGCGGACGACAUUCCAGGUUUGGAAACACCUAACACGGGAUAUCGAAUUUUGAAUUUUUUAAGUGUUUUCUGCUAUAUUGAAAUGUGACGCGUUAUUGGAGCACUGCGUUGGUAGCUAUAUGUAAACUAGUGGCGACAGCUUGAAUAAUCUAAUUUGGCAAGUAGCUCCAAAAAUAAUGCACAGCGGAGCCAUUAUUGUUGAAAUUGCGGCACACAUAGCUACUUGCAUGUUUAAUAAUAAUGUAACUUCAUUAUUACAAAUAAUGCAUGAAAUGCGUGUAUCUA